AUGAGUGACGAUAAAGACUUUAAGGAAUUCGAACAAGAAAACCAGGACUCCUACAAGGUUUCUGCGAAAAAAACGUUGGCCGAAUACCAAAAAUUGGACGCGGAGGACGAAUCGCUCGCAAAAUGGAAAGCAAGCCUUGGAUUGGGUGCAGACGCUCUGCCGCUAGAGUUUGAAGGAGACAAGCGUAAAGUGGUGAUUUUGAAGAUCGAACUUGUGGUGGAUUCGGAAAAAAAUCCUAUCGUGUUCGAUCUGACCAACGAAGAAACGAUCCAGAAACUCAAAUCCCUGCGCCACAAAAUUAAGGAGAAAUCCGUGUACCAUCUCAGAAUUACGUUCAAGGUGCAGCACGAGAUCAUCACAGGGCUCAGGUACGUGCAAAACAUCCGGAAAGCCGGAAUCCCGGUGGACAGCAUCGACGACCAUUUGGGAUCGUACGCGCCCAACACGAAGUCGAAGCCAUUCUACGAGGUGGAACUACCCGAGAGUGAAGCGCCCAGCGGGUUUUUGGUCAGAGGUAACUACACCGCAGUCUCCAAAUUUAUUGACGACGAUAAGACCAACCAUCUGACGCUACACUGGGGUGUGGAGAUUGUCAAAAAAUAA